AUGGAUUCUCUCUCAUCAGUUCCUCCGUCGAUCGUUCUUCCUCCUGGAAAGUUUUCCCGCCACCACCACCAUCGGCGGCGAAUCUCCGCUCUCUCUUCUCACGCCAAGUCAAAAUCGCCGUUUCCUCAGUUCCAGAUACCUAGAAGUUGUAAUAGAAUGAGGUCUAUGGCUGUUUGUUGCAAAUUGAGUACCGGAGGAGACAAAGAAGAAGAGGAAAGUUCGAGAAGAGAUGAGGAAGUGGAGAGAGCGCUUCGUAUGGAUGGGACUAUUCCGGGGACUCCUAACGAGUUUGUAGAGCAGGUGUCGUCACGUGCCUAUGACAUGCGUAGACAUCUUCAACAGAGUUUCGAUAGCAGCAGCUAUGACGGUAAACCUCAUUUCUCUCGUCUAUUUCAGCUUCUCUUACUGUUUACAUUUCGUUUGACUUAUUUCUUACCCCCUUCGUCCCUAUUUGGCAGUAUGAAGUUUAAGAAAGAUUGA